AUGCCUCUUCAGGUGCGGAAGCUGCAGGGGGGUCCGGGCCCACAGGAGAGGGAGGCGAGGACCGAACGGGUGGUGGAUGCUGCCGUGGCUGCUGGUGUUGAAGGUGCGGCACCAAUGUUGGCGUCCGCGAGGGCUGCGACGGAAGGGGAGCCUGCAUCCGCGCCUGCCGCUGCCGCUGGCGCCGGCUUAACCAUGCCCUCUGCCAGCUGGCCGGCUGGCCCUCAUUUGGCUGAAGAAGGGGGCCGCGCUGUGGAGGAGGCGGAGGCGGUUGGGGAGCAGGUACAUACGGAGGAGGCGGAGGUGGCUGCGUCGCCGUCACCGGUACCAGCGUUUGUGAUUGCUGAGGUGGUGACGGCCGCGGCGAGGCAAGGGACUGGAGAGCCAAGCGCAAGGGAUUCUGCGGAGCGAGGGGGCCGGUCGGCAUCGCAGAGCCGGCAGGAAAUUGAUGCGACUGCCCGGGGAGAAGACGAUCUCGUGGGAAACGACGUUGUGCCGCCCGCGGCUAUCCCGGCGCCAGCGGCGAUGGCUCCGGUAGAGGCGCCCCUCACUGCGGACAGUGUGGCACGCAACACCCGCUACGCAACACGCCGGGCGGCGAUAACCUAG